AUGCGAUCACUUGUGACGUCUUCUGGGCAACGUCAUCGUGUGCUUCAACGCAUAUUGGACCGGCCUGGUGUUUUUGGACUCAUCUCCUAUGCAGCAGCAUUGUACUAUGCCUCAUUCAUUCUAGAUUAUAGGAAUGCUGAGCAUACAAGAGUCAGCGAACAUGCUCUGAUGCCUGGAUUAGUUACCGAAAGAUUCGACAAAGAUGGAUUGGCAGUGGAAUAUUUGCAUGGCUUGCGAGAACAUGUAAAGAAUAAACAGGAUUAUAUCUGCAAAUGCAUGGAAGAAGCAGGUCUCUCUUGCCAUAGACAACGAUGGUGGUCGACCGUAAAAGUAUCUAAUGUCUCUGGUACCAAUGUCUACGCUGUUUUGCGCGCCUCUCGAGCUAAAGGAGUAGAGGCGAUGCUGUUUGCUGUUGAUUUGACACAGCGAGAAGCUGCAGCUAUGGUUAUGGCUUAUGCAGCUUUUGCUCGACAACAAGUGUACUGGGCUCGCGACCUCUUCUUUGUGUUUGUUGAUGGCGGAGCCCCCGGCAUGGAUGCAUGGCUGUCUGAGUAUCAUCUUGUGGAAGAUAAUGCUUUACGUGGUGAGCCACUUCCCGAAAUGGGUGGAGUGAUGAUCGGUGGAGUUGUAAUGAAGAGCCAGAAUACCAGAGGGUCCAAAGAUCCAGUUCUACGUAUUGAAUUGAGCCAUCUUAAUGGUCAACUACCUAAUUUGGAUCUUUUUAAUUCUGUUGUGAGAAUUGCUGGUAAAGGCAAAUUCGCUCUUCUUUCAACUGUAUAUGGUGUCCGAGAUAUUGAGCAGGGUGGCUCCGAUUGGCAUAUGCUUGUCCCUUUACGAGCUAUGUAUACACAAGCCUUUAUAGCUGUUGAAGGUGUUCACAGUGUUAUGGGCAAGUAUGGCGUUCAGGCCAUUACGGUAGCUGUGCCGUCGCUGGCAUCGUAUCCAUUGAGACAUUCUACAAGGCUACUGGAAGCUAUAGCGCGAUCCUUAAACAAUGUUCUGGAACGAUUCCAUCAAAGCUAUUUCCUGUGA